GCAAACAGCGUCGUUUUCCGUUAAAUAUGUCCGCGUAUGUUUGAUGACGGUGAAUAAACCAGAAAGCUGAAACACUUUAUUAGAUUCAUUCGACUUUUUGCUAUUAUUUAACGUUUUGUGUUCGGAUUACAGGCCGUUUAGGUCGCAGUUGACUGAGUUCUGUUUUCAGGACCGCGUGUGUCUGUAGCCAUGGAAACAGAGGAGCAGGCCAGGAACCGGUUCCAGGCCGAGCUGGAGUUCGUGCAGUGCUUGGCCAACCCCUACUACCUGAACUUUUUGGCUCAGAGGGGCUUUCUGAGGGAGAGACCCUUCAUCAACUACUUGAAGUAUCUUCUGUACUGGAAGGAACCAGAGUACGCCAAGUUCCUCAAGUACCCUCACUGCCUGCACAUGCUGGAGCUGCUGCAGUACGAACACUUCCGGAAGGAGCUGGUCAACGCUCAGUGCGCCAAGUUCAUCGACGAGCAGCAGCUGCUGCACUGGCAGCACUACUCCAGGAAACGGACGCGGCUGCAGCAGGCGCUGGCCGAGCAGCCUCAGCAGCAGCCGCCGCCACACGGCAACGCCGUCGCCAAGUGACACAGCGCUGGGCCGAUGCUGAUUGGACGGUUUGCCGUUUAAAUAAACUCCUGCAAAGGGCCAGGGCCUCAGUGGACUCUGAUCAGACACUCUGACGCUGAUAUGCACGGCUGGGACUCGGACAACAGCAUGCUGGAAAGUGCUAUGAACUUCCUGUGUGGAAUUUCAGACAUCCUGUCAGUGUUCAUCUGGAACAGUGAAAGCAUCCAGCUUUUUCCUGGAACAUCUCGGAUCGGCUCAGAAACUCAGUUCAGGAAAAAAACUGUAUCAUCAGACCCUGCUGAACAAGAAAAAUACAACGACCAGUUUUUAAUUAGGUUUUUUUUUUCUUUGCUCUUUUAAUAAUAAAAUAUUCAGAACAGUUUAGUUUUCUGUUGAGGUGAAAAAGUUUUUCCAGACAAGUUAAAUAUAAUUUAAAGUUAAAACUACAGUUAGAAAUGUUGUUUCACCAUGUUUUUCACUUUUAAAACAUUUAAGACUUUAAUGCCUCAGAUUUUCUACAGCUGAAAUAAAGACGUGUUAAAGUUG